AAUAAAGGAAGGCGGAGUGUUCUGAAGCAUUCGUUUGCGCCGGCAAAGAAAAUCGCGAAUCAUAAGUUUUUAGCUGCUUUAUUUCUUCUAAUUCCGCAGACGAACUUAGGAGCAGAUAAUAUAGGGACCCUUUUUCCAAAAUUGAUAGAAGAAGUUCAAGUGAGGCGAUCUGCCUUGAAAAAACCUUCUCAAACUCUCCUGGAGUAGUCUGAGGCCUUUCUAAUGCCGGAAUUUUCUCGUGAUCUGUAACUAAAGUUAGAACCACAAAGAAGACAUUUCGUGUUCGUUCCCGCGUGAGUUGAUCAAAAUGGCGUUCCCGAAACCAAAUAAGGAACCGUUUGGGUAUGUGUUUCAUAAAAAGGCGUCGGAGCUCUUAGAAGAAUUCAAGACAUCUGUGGAUGAAAGCUUUAAAUGGCUAAACGAAAUUCUUGCUGAAGCAAAAAGUCAGUUUGGAAGUAGUGAUAGCAUUCCUUUGCUGCCAAAGACGCCAAGCAUGAAGAGAAAGCGUGAGAAGGAGAUUCCACUGUAUCUGAAUGAAUCAUACUUUAAUGAAAACAGCUUCCAGGCAUCAUCUCCUGUUUCUGUCAUUCCUACGGACGUUAUCUUGUCCCCAAAAUGUAAACGUCCAGCCAUCAGCUCCCCUGUCCAGAAUACUGAUGACCUCCUUGAAGAAAGCACCCAAGGAAAGCCCAGUAGAGGAGGCAGAAAGCAGCCUGCUAGGCAAAGUAAAAAGCAACCCAAGAGAGGUGUCAAAAAUACAAAGCAGGCAUCCAAGAACAAUGACACAACAGUUGAGGAGGAGGAAAAGCAAACACAACCAAAACGAACCACAAGAAGUAAACGGAAACUUAAUGAUGAUUCAUCUUCGAAAGAGACUGAAGAAGAAAACCCCAAACCAAAGCGUGUUACAAGAGGCAAAAAGAAUGCUGAAGCCACUGCCAAGGUUGAUACUACUGAUAACAGUUUUGUAGAUUUUGAAGAUGAAAAGUCGAACAAAAACAAAAGGAAACAAAGUGAAAUAAUACAAGAAGAGAAAGUAGAGAGUAGCACAGAUUUUGAAACCCAUGUUUCCACUACUCCUGAAAAUCAAGAAUCUGCAAAGAAACUUAAAAUGUCUGACACUCCACAAAAAGAGAUUUCACCAAAGGUUGAAGUGAUUAUUCCAGAAACACCAGAGGUUCACUCCUCUCUUAAUGCAAAUCAGAAUACCCCAUCUCCUCGCCGAUGUAAGACUUCAAUGAGUAUUGUUAUAAGCCCAGUGAAGCCAUUGUCUGUGAUUCAAGAAACUACAGAAAGCUCAAUCAAAGAAGAUGAACACAGCCAGGUGGUUGAAGUUGUAGAGGUUUUGCCAGAGCAAGAGCCGAAACAGAGAAAUGAAUCAGAUCCUAAAGGAAAGAGAAAGUCACAGGAGUCUCCUGUUCUUCGAAGAUCCAAAAGACUUACACGUUCAGAUGCUUCAGCAAAUGGUACAUUAUCAGCCAAUGAAGAUAAACAGAAAAACAAUAAUGAAGAAGACGUUGCAUUUGUCUCGACAUCUACCCCAACUCUUGGCAGAGAAAACAGGGAUGACAGUCCAGGUGGGGAAAAGGUUUGUAUCACACAUGGAAGCUCACCCAAGCCGGAAGACAAAAUUGUAACUUCAAGUGCUGGAUCCCCUGACAAGAGACGCAGUUGCAGAGUAACACAAAAAGAGUGCACACCCUCUCCUAGAACAAGAAAGCGUCAAACACAGCAGAAAAGCCUUGUGAAGAGUUCAGUUAAAUUGAAGCUGAAUACACAAAAGUUGAUGCCACCCUUGACCCCAACCUCCAGUAGCCAUAAGAGUUCUGAUGACAAUGAUGGAGAUAUGGAUGAUAUCAGAGGGGAAUUGUUCUCAGAGGAGAGAGAAGAUAUAAAUGCAGCUAGUGAGGCUGUCAGUGAAAUAAUUGUUACCACAACAGUUUCUUCCAGUGUUGGCACAGUCACAUCAAGUUCAAGCCCUGAGGAGUCUACCAAGUCUGUUUGUGCUGUAUUACAUGAGUGUAAGAAAGAGGACGAGGAAAAUGAUGGAGGAGAUGAGGUGUUCCAUGAUGCCUCUGAUCAUUUGGAAGAAGUAGAGGAAAGCCAUGAUAAGAAAGAAGAUGAGAGCAAGGAAGAGAAUGAAAGGCCACAGACCAGGGCAUCCUCACGGAUCAAGCGCAAGGCUAGUGACCAAACCAGCAGUGAAUCUGAAGAGGCUAGCAGCGGGGAUGAGGAUGAGAUACACGCCCACUCAACAGAUGAACAUGAUACCACUCCAGAUGAUCCAGGAACACCGAGGAAGCAAGCGGAAACUGCAGCAGGGAUCUCUAAGCAUAGAAACAUCGUCAUCAACAGCUUCAUCAAAAGAAACACCCCGAAAAAAGUCGAUAAAAAGGAGAAAACCCAAAGACUCAAGUAUGCCAUAGAAGAGAAGGCGAAGAAGGAGAGAGAGCGCAUGGAACAACUCGAGAUUCAACGGCAGAAGAAAGUUGAAGAGCAGAAAAAGAAACGGGAAGAAAAGGAGAAACGAGUCGCCGAGCUCCGCGCCGAGAGGCAACGAGAACUCAUGGAGAAAAAGAAACAACUCUUAGAGAAAGACAAGCUGAUCUCGACGCUGACCGAGAAAGCGAAGAAGAAAAAGGAAAGAGAAGAGGAUGCUAAGCGCAGACUGAGGCUUCAAAAGAAGGCAGACCUUGACGCCAGACGAAAACAGGAAGAGGAGGCGAGAAAACAGCGGCAGUUAGAGCAGGAAGAGGAGGCGAAGAGGCACCAGGAGUUACUCUUGAGGAAGCAGGAAUUCGAGGAGCAGGAGAGGCAGAGGAAGAUUGCAGAGGCCAAACACCAGCAGGAGGAGAGAGAGAAAGAUAUGGAGCGGGAGAGGACGGAAGAGAAGGCGCGAAUCAUGAAAGAGAUUGAGGAGAAAGAGAAAAAGCAGGAAGAGGUGGAACGUAAAGCGAAGGAGGAGAAAGAAAGGGAGGAACGAGAGCGGAAGAGAAUCUGUCAGCUCCUCAAAGAGAAGGCGGAGCAAGAGAGGAGGGAGCGGGAGCUAAAGGCACGGGAAGAAAAACUUCGCCUGGCACGCGAACAGAUGAUGCGCGAGGAGAGGGAAAGAGCGCUCAAACUGGAGCUUGAAAGGAAACGCAUGGAGGAACGACUUAAAGACCAAGCUAGUAAAAACGGUCCCGACUCCUACGAUAUGACCCCACCCCCUCCCCCACGAUCACGCAGUGUCACGCAAGGAGACAACUACAACAUUGAUGACAUCUGCAGUGAUGACUCAACCGACGACGAGGACGCACCGAGAAAGAAGAUCCCGGCGUGGGCACAGAAUAAUAGAUUACGGGCCACGCUGAUAAACCAAGAGCUAGCUAAAAUCGAAACGGACGUGAUCUUCGGGCCGGUCGCUAUGCCUGAUUUGUCCGAUAUUUUCCGUAAACAGAAGAAGAAGAGGUUUUUCCAGCGAACAAGUUCUGCUCAUUGGGAAUCGCCGCCUUUAAGGCCGCUAAAUCGAUCAACGUUCGUCUAAGGCCGCUAAAUCGAUCAACGUUCGUCUAAUGAGCGUGACUACAAGAGAAGGGUGAUAUGGUGCGCACAAUGGCGUGACCGACUCACGCUGUUCGUGACGUUCCCAUUUUACGCAGUAAACGCAACUUUAACUAGUUUUUUUGUCAAAAUGAUAAAUUCGUCCAAAUACAGUAUCAUGCCAACAAAUUAUAAGACUUCUAAGAAUGUACAUACGUUUUCUUAUAGUAUAUGUAAAAUUUACUCUUAUUCCGCAACAAUGUCUGGGAUUCUUGGCAUUCAAUAUUUUUUAUGUGAUUGGCCGAAAGAAAUAUUUAUUUCCAGCUUAAUGGCUGUUCUCAUAUGAUCCUUACGUUGAAGCGUAAUGAUUAAUCGGUCACCCAACACAGAACGAUGGGUUUGUUCGCCAAGCCCGACCGUACUGAUCAAAUGAAAACCAGCCUUAGGCAAACGUUUAAUUUUACAUGUGCCUUUCAAAAGCAUGCGAACGAACCAAGUCUAAUGUUUCGUCUUCAAUUGCAUGCAUAUGGGAUGGCACAUGAAAAGUAUUGUUCGCCUUAGGCUUUAGUCGCUGUUGGCGUUGGCAUUUUUUUUAUUUCCAAGAAGUAUACGACAGUAUAAGGUACUAAGGUUCGCUCCAAUCCUGCAGCAGAGGUUUCUUUUCUCCUUAUUUCUUAGGGUUGCGUUCGUCUCUUCGUCUUGCGAAUACCAGCUUAGGGGAAUAGAGAAAAAAGAGGCCUAUGCUAACGGGGUAGCCUGUUGUAUAACGGCCAUCUUGUGCCUGUUUCUUUUAUAGUUUGCAAACAUGAUUCUGUCUUAUGUAACAACUCAAGAACAUAUUUGGUACAUGGCUCUUCUUAACAUACAAUCGGUGGAGGACUUUUAAGUCGUGUUUUUGACAAGUUCGAGUGCAAACAAACUAAAAGUGUGAAUAUACCGAUAUGGCCUUGAUCAUCCAAACUUGAUUAUAGCAUAAAAUAUUUUCUUUUAUCAAGUCUAGUUUUAUGCACUAUCGUUUGCGCAAAUAAGGCGACACGCGAUCAGACAUUCAAUGUAUAAAUUUGGUCUAAUCUAGUCUGUUUUUCGAUGUAUUAAUAUUUCACAUGGGCCUAAAGAAAAACGAAGUAUAUCAUUACUUUCGUUAUGUAAAUAAAUUGUGGGAACUGUA